GCUCUAGCCGCGUUUGAAGAAUCUAUCCGGCAUGAUAACCCAGAUGGUGCCUUGAUGGGCAGCGGCACUAUAUCGGUCUACCCGUAUUGGCCGUUGCGGAGGAACUCUCCAAAUUAAUUUCUCUCGGUUGAAGCCAUGCCCCUGGAGUGCGAUGACGCUGUCUGAUAUUCGUAGUCGUUGAUAUAAAGCGCGGCGCCCCCUUCUUGACCGUGUCGGCUUGUUUGUAGGUCUUCUUUUUUCAAUUACUUACCUGAGGAUCGAUUAUGAAGCUGUCCACGGUCACUAUCGGUGUUAUCGGCCUUGCCGUGUCUGUCUUCGCUCAGACAGACUCGACUCCGUUUGUCGACGCUGACACUGGGAUUACCUUCCAGUCCUAUACGAGCACGGACGGAAUCACCUAUCGGCUCGCCCUUCCGGCAGAGGCAAGCGGGGAGGCGGGCUACGAUGUGAUCCUUCAAGUUGUAGCACCGGUUGCGUUAGGCUGGGCCGGAUGGGCUUGGGGUGGUGCGAUGACAUACAACCCUCUAACUGUUGUAUGGAAGGAUGGCAAUUCGGUUCAGUUAUCUUCGCGCCAAGCCACCGGAUAUUACGUUCCCGCGACGUACACCGAUGCUAAGUACACGGUUCUUAAAGGCACUGGCGUCAACGAGACGCAUUUCAAGUUUACGGCUCUUUGUACGGGCUGCGCUAGCUGGACGGACUUUGACGGAAACCCGUACAUCCUUAACGGUGCGGGUGAUACUAACUUCGCGUACGCCUUCUCCAAUACGCAGGUGGAGGAGCCGGCGAACUCGGAGUCUAGCUUUAGCAUCCAUGACAACGUCGGACGAUGGAUUCAUGACUUGGCCGGGGCGAGGUCUGACAAGUUCAAAGAGUGGGUGACGACCAACACCCCAGCGUAGGUGAUGCUAGUCCAAUAAGUAAACGGGGAAACUUGGACUUAUAAUCGGAGCAGUACAGAGUUAUAAUAUUCGAGGCAUUCGUUAUCAUGGCGUAGCUUAGACAGGUGCCCAUGGCUUGUUACCUAGGUAGAGGGAAACGAAUAGAAGAAAACAUGAAACAUGAAGAUUCGGCAAUCGUAUAUAUACGUCUAAUAACCUAGUAUGUACUUCGUGUACGAAAUAAGAAUAUGCGAG